UCCCCCCUCUGUUCUUCCAUAAUUCUAUUUUCUUUGGUGUUACCUUGCAAUCUGCUAAUGCUGUUUCAUCUUCAUAAUCAGAAGUGUAUUGUAUCAGAAGGCCAACAAAGAUUCUUCCUUUAAAAACCAAAAGAUCCUGGAAUUCAGGGGGAAGAAAAAAGUUUGAAGCUUGAGCUCGAAGACCAACUUUUUUAGUUUAUUUCUUUUAAUGGGUCUGCUGCUUCUCUUGCUGCUAACGUGCGCCGCACUUCCAUUGGCUUCAUCAGAUCCAAACGACGAGGCGUGUUUGACUCACUUGAGCCAAACUUUGAGAGACCCAUUAAAGAACCUGCGGAACUGGACAAAGUCGACCUUCGCAAACCCUUGUAGCGGUUUCACGUCUUAUCUGCCCGGUGCCACUUGUAACAAUGGCCGAAUCUACAAGCUUUCCCUCCCUAACCUUUCCCUCCAGGGCUCCAUCUCGCCUUUCCUUUCCAACUGUACCAAUCUUCAGUCGCUCGACUUGUCUUCAAACUCCAUCUCAGGACCCAUCCCCCAAGAUUUUCAAUACCUGGUCAACCUGGCAGUGUUGAAUCUCUCGGCGAAUCGCCUUGAAGGAGAGAUCCCACCACAGAUUACGUUUUGUGCUUAUUUAAACGUCAUCGAUCUCCAUGACAAUUUGCUCACCGGUCAGAUUCCUCAACAAUUAGGCCUUCUAGCUCGUUUGUCGGCUUUCGACGUGUCCUACAACAAGCUAUCGGGGGCAAUACCGGCCUCUUUAGGAAACAGAAGCGGGAUUUUGCCAAAGUUCAAUGCUACUUCUUUUGAAGGAAAUAAGGAUCUUUAUGGAUACCCUUUGCCACCAAUGAAAAGCAAAGGAUUAUCUGUUCUAGCCAUUGUUGGAAUCGGAUUGGGAAGUGGGCUUGCUAGUUUGGUGCUUAGUUUCACUGGAGUAUGUAUUUGGUUGAAGAUUACCGAGGAAAAGAUGGCUGCCGAAGAAGGGAAAGUUAGUCAACUUAUGCCCGAUUAUUGAAGAUCACUGAGUUAAAUUGAAAAGCUCCAAAAAUAUUUCCAGGUAUGUCUUAUUUAGAGUAGAAAUCUUUUUUUUUUCUUUCUCCCUUAUGG